UGAACCUCCCGAACCAAACUUUUCCUCAAGUGAUGUGAAAAGUUCACUGAAAUUGCCGUUGUUUUUCGACUAUUGUGAAUUCGGUUUCCAGCAAACGAUUCAUCUCGUUGAACCAGAAUGGAAUCCCACAAAUACACGCUGUCGUCCAUCCGGCAAGACAUAGUCGACAACAAUCUUCACGCAAAGGCAAUCAUUCAGGACAUUCUAGCAUUCCGCGGAUCGAUAGCCGAACUGGACACUCUGAACGAAGCCGGUCGAGGGAAGAUAGCGGCUUUGCGAAAGUGCAUCGAACGGUUGGACGACUGGGCCCGGGACGAAGGCGAUCCGAAUGUGUUCAAGGAAGUCGAUCAGCACCGAGAGCAGUUUUCAAAAACACUUCAAGCAUUCCGCAAAGCAAACAUAUCAACUAUGCUCGAAAUCGAGAAACAGCAAAAGGACGAACUUUUUGCCAUCAGCCCAGAAAGUGAAUUGCGCCAACGGCAUCCGACGGGAACCUCCGGCAAGCCAAACCGAUCCUCUCUACUUUCCCAGCAGGAAAGUGUAACCGAUAGGAUGCGCUCGAUAUCGCAGCAACUGUCGGAGACAACGCAUAAAAGCGCCGCCACGUUGGAGACUCUUAUUUCCUCCAGUUCCAGUGUGGAAGGUACGCGAGAUGAACUGCUAAAUACGGCCGGUACCAUCUCACAAUCAGGCAAGCUGCUGAAGAAAUACGGCCGACGUGAAUGCACCGAUAAAAUCCUACUAUUCUUCGCAUUCUCCUUCUUUCUAGCCUGUGUAUUCUACAUCGUGCAAAAGAGACUGUUCUAGAUAUUGGACACAAAUUCUGUUAAAUGUUGUCUAACUUUUAUGUUUUGUUUUACUAGCUGUUGGUAAGGAAAAGGCUAGAUUGAAUUUGUCGAGCAUUGAGAUUUCCUUUCGAGUAUUUUUAGCUAAUUAAAAAAGACAAUUUCGUAGCUAUCGCAGCAAAAGUAUGAUGAUGGUGUGAGAAAAAAAAGGUUGAACGUAAGCACUAUAACUAUUUAAAUCUUGCAAGAAACUAAUUUUCGAAAUAAAUCUAAACGCAUAUAAGCAAAGAGUAACCAUGCAUGUCGAAACAAAGUGAACUAGAAAAUUUUAUCAACGGACGAAGAAGAAUGUAGUGAUAAUGAAUAAAUUUAGUGGAGCUGGCUCAUAUUCAUACUUGAACUAUUUUUUUUCAUUUGUGAAUCAGGUAAUAACUAUCACUGAUGCAUGCAUUUACUAUCUAAGCUACGGACAUAAAAAUAACUAUUUAU